ACGCGACGUCACGUGACCUGUGUUUACAUCUCUGCAGAAAACAAGACGGCAGCGGAACGACAGAAAGUAUGUUUUUGUUCCGUUGUGGAUGCGCUGGAUUUCAUCUGCUCGGGUGAAUGUACACGUUUGAUCUCGACGAGGAAAAGACAUGUGAUGAUCUAAAGUGACCACAUUGGAUCUAAAUUGGCACGCCGUCAGUCAAUACGUCCAUCCAUCCGACUGGAGAAAAUAUCCUCCCGAAGACCUAUAGAGAGAUCGCGUUUGUGAUUCUCUCUUCUUGUUCGAUUUUUUUUUUCUUAUUAUUAUUUUUAUUUCUGUCGUGGCGAGAAGGGGACCAUGGGCGGAGCGGUGAGCGCAGGUGAGGACAAUGACGAUCUGAUUGACAACCUGAAGGAAGCACAGUACAUCCGCACGGACAGGGUGGAGCAGGCAUUCAGGGCUAUAGAUCGCGGGGAUUACUACUUAGAUGGAUACAGAGAAAACGCCUACAAAGACUUGGCCUGGAAGCACGGCAACAUCCACCUUUCAGCCCCCUGCAUCUACUCCGAGGUCAUGGAGGCGCUGAAGCUGCAACAAGGGCUUUCCUUCCUCAAUCUGGGCAGCGGGACAGGAUACCUGAGUACAAUGGUGGGCCUGAUCAUCGGUCCAUUUGGAGUAAAUCAUGGCGUGGAGCUGCACAAGGACGUGGUGGAAUACGCAAAAGAGAAACUGGAGGAGUUCAUUAAAAACAGUGACAGCUUUGACAAGUUCGAAUUCUGCGAGCCCCGUUUUGUGGUGGGAAACUGUCUAGAGAUCUCGUCAGACAGCCAUCAGUACGAUCGCAUCUACUGUGGAGCCGGAGUUCAGAAAGACCACGAGAACUACAUGAAGGUCAUGCUGAAAGUCGGAGGCAUUCUGGUCAUGCCCAUUGAAGAUCAGUUGACUCAGAUUACCAGAACCGGUCAGAGCUCUUGGGAGAGCAAGAACAUUCUGGCCGUGUCCUUUGCGCCGCUGGUCCAGCAAAACCGGAGCGAAUGCAGCAAAGUGGACCCUGUGAUGCUGCCUCAGCUGACGGUUCGGAGUCUGCAGGACCUGGCGCGCAUCUACAUCCGCCGCACGCUGCGCAGCCUCACCAACGAUGAAAACGCGUCCAAGGGGACAGGACCACGUGUCCCACAAAAGCGCAAACGCAGGCGCUGCCGACGCACCCGGCACCACCGUGUCAACACCUACGUGUUUGUGGGCAACCAGCUGAUCCCACAACCCAUCGAGAGCGAGGAAGAUGAGAGGAUCGAUGAUGAGGACAGCAAAGAGGAAGAGCAGGAAAAAGAGGUGGAGAAGGACAAACCUGAGCAACCUCAGGUCAACUUGCUAAGAGACAAAGUCCUGAGCUUGCCUCUGCCCGAGUCCCUCAAGGCUUAUGUGCUGUAUUACAGAGAGAAAUAAGGAAAAGUGCUGACGUACUGCCUACGAUCAAGCAACGUUUUUGUAUUGAGGUCUCUCUCUCUCUCUCUCUCUCUCUCUCUCUCUCUCUCCUAUUACUUUGAGAAUGUAGCAUAGUUUAAUUUUGCUUCAAGAUUUCAAGGAUAUGAAAGGUUGUGCUUUACAAUACGCUAUUCAAAAUGAUUUAUAAUACUGGUUCCGAAAUCCUAUGAACACUGAGGACCUAACUGGGUUCACCAGAACAUUUUGAGGUUUCUAGAUCUCUAUAGUAGUUUGUACUCAUCGUUUUGCUAUGAUCUAGCUUCCGGAGAUCUUUCUAUUCGAUUCGUCUCCAGAGCCUGGUCUCGAUCAGUCCUCACCGGCACUUUUCCCGCCUAUAAUUUGAGGAUAAACACUUGUCAUUUCGGAAACGUGCACCAGGCUGUUUCUACACUUAACAUUUUAGUUGAUGGUGUGGAUUUGUCGGUAAGUGUGUAUCUUGUUUGAUAAGCUUGAUAAUGGGUGGGAUGCACAACAAAAUGUACAUGCAUGUUUGAAUGAAUGCAUCCCCCCCCCACCUCCUUACCAUUGUCAGGUCACCCUAAGAGGUACAAUAUGAAGCGGGCUUCAUUGGUUAUAACUUAAAAGGUCUUUGGUCCAGUCAUAGGUUCAGCAUAGUCUUUGAUUAAAUUGCACUAUUGCUAGAGAUUUUCUAUUGACCAGUCUGUUUGCUCAAUGACUUCACUUGAUUUUUUUGUCCUAGACCCCCAGAUGUUGCUGCAUUCCUCCUCCCUAAACUUUCCCAGAGGCUUGACGACGUUUUGCGGUAUAAAGUAGUCACAAUUUGCUGUGUAGUGUGUCACACUGUGUACACCCACUACAUCUUUUCCAUUCAUUAUUUCAUUUGUAAUAUACUACUUAUAUUAACCUAAUGGUAGAUGAUAAGAACAGCUUCAAGAUCCUUUUUUAAAGAAAUUCUGUAUUUCAUGUAUCAUAAAACAUUUUCAGUUUGUAGGUGUCUGGUUUAAGGUCGCUAGCGUUCGUAGAUAAGAAAAACUUCUGCAACACACUUCUGCAACACACACAGGGUGUAGGUCUCGCACUUAUGAACUAAUACAAGUGACGCAAAAGACGGUAAGACAGUAAGACGCAAUUUAUGAAGUGGAGACAGACUUUGUGCAGAUUUGGCAACCUUCAACAACCGUAUUCAUGUAAGUUGAGUUAUAUUUGAAAAGAGUCCUAAAGUUUUUUGAGACUGGGCCAAUGUGGGAUUUUUUUCCCCCAUUGGAUUAUUUUACACAAACAUCACUGGAUAUAUAAUGUAUAAACUAUAUGGGGUGUUGAAUUCAGCUCUUUAAUAAAUUCUAACGUUUGUGAA